AUGGCGCCCCAGAAGGUUUUGAUGCUCGGCGCUGGCUUCGUCACGAGGCCGACUCUCGACAUUCUUUCGGAAUCCGGAGUCUCCGUCACUGUUGCUUGCAGGACUCUUGAGUCCGCCAAGGCGCUCUCGGCCGGUGUCAAGAACGCCAACCCGGUGUCCCUCGAUGUCACCGACGACCAAGCCUUGGACCGCGAGAUUGGCAACCACGACCUGGUCAUCAGCCUGAUCCCCUACACCUUCCACGCCACCGUCAUCAAGUCUGCCAUCCGUCAGAAGAAGCAUGUUGUCACGACUAGCUACGUCUCCCCGGCCAUGCUUGAGCUCGACCAGGCCGCCAAGGACGCCGGCAUCACCGUCAUGAACGAGAUCGGUCUCGACCCCGGUAUCGACCACCUUUACGCCGUCAAAACCAUCGAGGAGGUCCACCAGGAAGGCGGAAAGAUCACCUCGUUCUUGUCCUACUGCGGUGGUCUCCCGGCCCCCGAGAGCUCUGGAAACCCGUUGGGAUACAAGUUCUCAUGGUCCCCCCGCGGUGUCCUCCUUGCGCUGCGCAACGCUGCCAGCUUCUACCAAGAUGGCAAGGUGGUCAACGUGGCUGGUCCUGAUCUGAUGGCGACUGCAAAGCCCUACCACAUCUACCCUGGCUUCGCCACUGUUGCGUACCCCAACAGAGACUCAACCCCUUACAAGGAGCGCUACAACAUCCCCGAGGCGCAAACCAUCAUCAGAGGUACUCUCCGCUACGCCGGCUUCCCCGAGUUCGUCAAGGUCCUCGUCGACAUUGGCUUCCUCAAGGAUGACGAGCAGAGCUACUGCAAGGAGCCGAUCGCCUGGAAGGAGGUCACUCGCAACCUUCUGGGUGCUUCGUCCUCGGACGAGGCAGAGCUCAUCAAGGCCGUCACGUCCAAGACCACAUUCAAGGACAACGAGCAGCGGGACCACAUCCUUGCCGGCCUCAAGUGGGUUGGAAUCUUCUCUUCCGAGAACAUUAUCCCCCGAGGAAACCCGCUGGACACGAUCUGCGCCACCCUGGAGAAGAAGAUGCAGUACACUGAGGGAGAGCGUGACCUUGUCGUCUUGCAACACAAGUUCGAGGUUGAGUUGAAGGAUGGCACCAAACAGACCAGACUCUCCACCCUCGUCGAGUACGGCAGCUCCGACCCGAACGGCUACUCGGCCAUGGCCAAGCUUGUGGGUGUCCCCUGCGCCGUCGCUGUCCAGCAAGUCCUGGACGGAACCCUUUCCGAGAGGGGUGUUCUCGCUCCCAUGAGCAGCAAGAUCAACAACCCUCUCAUCAAGGAGCUCAAGGAGAAAUACGGCAUUGCAUGCAAGGAGGAGAUUGUCUCCCAGUGA